ACCAGUUUUCGUCAUAACCGCAAACUCCUCACUCACACCACGACCUCAUCCUUUUAAGCCCUUUGUUGCAUCCCACCAACAAUAGACGUCACCUCCUCCGUACCCUUAAAAUCUCAUUGUCGUUGCCUCCUAUCCAUUUCCUUCUUCUCCCUUCAAGCAAGCGUACACACAAAUUGCACAAGAUGGCGAGGAAUUGCCCCAAGAAGGCCGUCCACUUCGGCGCCGGCAACAUCGGUCGUGGUUUCGUCGCCUGCUUCCUGCACAACUCCGGCUACGAGGUCGUCUUUGCCGACGUAAACGAGGCGACGGUGUCCAAGCUGAACACCCAAAAGAGCUACAGGGUCAUCGAGGUCGGUGCCGACGGCACGUCGGAAUCGAUCAUCACCAAUUACCGGGCCAUCAACUCAAGGACGCACGAAGCCGACCUCGUGCGGGAAAUCGCGACGGCGGACCUGGUCACCUGCUCCGUCGGCCCUCACAUCCUCAAGUUUAUUGCGCCGGCCAUUGCCAAGGGGAUCGAUGCGCGACCGACGGAGCUCACCCCGGUCGCUGUGAUCGCGUGCGAGAACGCGAUUGGCGCCACGGAUACGCUGGCCGAAUUCAUCAAGGCGCCGGAGAAUACUCGGCCCGAGCGGCUCGCAGACCUGGACAAGCGCGCCCGGUUCGCCAAUUCGGCCAUCGACCGCAUCGUGCCGGCGCAGGACCCGGACGCCGGCCUGGACGUCAGGCUCGAGAAGUUCUACGAGUGGGUGGUGGAGAGCACGCCGUUCGCCGACCACUCGCCGCCGCACAUCGAGGGCGUCCGCUGGGUGGAGAACCUGCAGCCGUUCAUCGAGCGCAAGCUGUACACGGUCAACACGGGCCACGCGACGGCGGCCUACCACGGCUACGUGCGGCGCAAGAGCACCGUCUACGACGCGCUGCAGGACCGCGAGAUCCAGGAGGAGGUCCGGAAGGCGCUGUCGCACACGGCCGAGCUGAUCACGCAGAAGCACGGCAUCCCGGCCGAGGAGCAGCAGGCGUACGUCGACAAGAUCGUGCGCCGCAUCAGCAACCCGCACCUCGAGGACGCGGUCGAGCGGGUCGGCCGCGCGCCGCUGCGCAAGCUCAGCCGCAAGGAGCGGUUCAUCGGCCCCGCCGCCGAGCUGGCCGAGCAGGGCAAGGACUGCAGCGCGCUGAUGGACGCGGCCGAGAUGGCCUUCCGCUUCCAGAACGUCGAGGGCGACGACGAGUCGUUCAAGCUCGCCGAGAUUAUGGAGAAGAACGAGCCCGAGGAGGUCGUCAAGCAGGUCUGCGGCCUGCAGCCCCACGAGAAGCUGUUCCCCCAGGUCGUCGACGUCGUCAGGCGGGUUCAGAGCGAGAGCGACGCGCACUCCGAUUAAGGUUGCGCCUCGUUCCCGCUCUCACCUUUUCCUUUUCCCUUGGUUUUGCAACGCGAUAUUUUCAGGUGUUUGGGUGCUCUGGGGAGUCAGCUCGCACGUCCCGGGAGGACAAGCGCGGAUUUCAGGUUGGUUAGCGAUGGGGACUUGUUCAUUUUGCCUCCUUGACCCGACAGGGAGGAGCGCAUGGAUCCGGCGUUUGUUUUGGGUAGCAUCCUUUGCUCAUUCACCCUUAUGCAGCAUCGAUCAGAUCAACGAAGGAAACGAACAACAGAACGGGUUAGACAGGGUUCUGUGGCUUUCUCAUUGUGGUAGAUGGGGCGGCUGCAUGCAUUGUCCCAAUGAUAGAGGAACCGCGUUUCCCGACUUUCACUCCUGUUGAACUGUUGGUGGUUGCAGCGUUGUCGAAACCGCAUUUACCGAUACUGCGGGGAGGGAAUAGAAUUAAGUAGCUUAUGUCGGAAAUGGAGCGUGAUUAUGAUUCUCGCAAGCGCAUGAGUUCCAGUUGCCGAGUUAGGUUGAAAGCGCACAUCCAAGAAUGAACCUUUUUUUUUGC